CUAUCUUUGCACUACCAUCAUGUCCAUUCACGAUAAACUCGGCAUCGACUCUGAGAAGCAUGGAGACUCUGGCAGUGUCAUCGUUCAGGAAGACAUAUCAGAGGUCGACCUCGCUACGUUUCACGAACUACAUGCGGGUAGAUUGGUCAUCGAUCCAGUAGAGGCGAAAAUCGAGUUUGGCGAGGCCUUCGCCUCCAGGCUCAAGCUCUCGCGCGACGGGACCAAGGUCUUGUGGCCCCAGCCGACCGAUUCACCGCGGGACCCCCAGAACUGGAGCGAUGCACGCAAGAGUAUCCACCUUAUCAUCGUCACGCUCGCCGCUAUCGUCCCGGACUUCGACAGUGGCAUAGGAAUCGCGUCCAUUUUUCGACUUGCGGAUCAGUAUGAUACUACCACCGGAGUGAUCAAUAAUUUGACAUCAAAUUGGAGUAUCUUUCUCUUAGGAUGGGGGGGCGUAUUCGCUGUCAUGCUUAUUCGCCGCUAUGGGCGUCUUCCAAUCCUAUUCUGGUCACAGGUCUUCGCACUUGGCUUCCUUGUGGGCUGUACAUUUGCGCCGAAUCUGGCAACUUUUGCUGGCAUGAGAUGUUUGACAGCUUUCUUUGGAACUGCGCCUCAAGUCACGGGACUGUAUAUCGUUACGGACCUAUAUCCUUUUCACCUGCAAGCGCGGAAGCUCAACUUUUGGACAAUGGGGUUCAUCGUUUCCCCAUUCGUCUCUCCGUUCGCCUUUGGUUUCCUUGUCGCCCGACAAAACUGGAGGUGGGCUUAUGGAAUCGGUUGCAUCUACAGCGCUGUCGUAUGUGUAUUAAUCGCACUUUUCAUGGACGAAACAAUAUACGACCGAACCGUGAAACCUAUCCCGGAACCGUCCACCACAGGUCUUCGCUACAAGAUUGAAACCCUAAUCGGCGUCACCGGAAUUAAGAUGGCCAAGUACCGCAUUUCUUGGGAGGACUCGAUUCUCUCGCCCAUCAAAGUUAUAUGGCGGCCCCACCUUUUGGGGGUUCUGCUCUUCGAGGGUAUCCUCUUCGGCUUUGGUAUUGGUAUCAACGUCACCAAUGCCGUGUUCUUGGGAAGCUCUCCUCCAACCGGGUUCGGAUGGAGCCAGGACGCCAUCGCUGCAGCAUAUUGUACUCCAAUUGUGUCCGUACUUUUGGGUGAACUAAUUGGACGAUAUACCAAUGAUUGGAUCAUGAACAUAAGUGUUAAGCGCAAUCAUGGUGUUUUCGAGGCUGAGAGCCGACUUUGGGCUUGCUAUAUUGCUCUGCCUUUGUACGUAUGCGGAUUUGUCACCCUAGGCGCAUCGUUUCAGAACCACCUGAGUACUGCUGGUAUCGUCAUGGGCUGGGGCAUCGCAGAGCUGGCUAUCAUGAUCAACACCGUCGCAAUAUACGCAUAUUGCAAUGACUGCUUCCCGAAACACCAAGGCGAAAUAAGCGCCCUGAUAAAUCUGGUACGAGUCUUAGGAGGCUUUGCGGUCGCCUAUUUCCAACUUCCUUGGGCGGAAAAACACGGUGCUCUUCAAACGUUUGGUUGCGAAGCUGCAAUCGUAGCGGGCCUUUUUGUGCUCAUUAUACCUGCCCUGCAGCUCUAUGGUCGGAGUUUACGAGAACGGUUCUCAGUGGCCUGAUUUUGUCGCUAUGUACUUGUUGGAUUGGUGUCUGAUGUCGCACCCUGUAGAUUAUAAUGUGCAUGGUCUCGAAUAUGAAUAUACUUUGGUUCAGUGCUACUUCAUUGGACACUGGGACCAACCUUGACUACCC